AAAGCGAAUAUAUGGAGUGUAUGAUUCACGGGGACUGACGCUUGCUUAUACUCGUUUGUGCUUUAGCAGUACUCCAUAACUCAGAGCUGACGCGAGUCCUGUUGCACAGAAUACAUACACUUCUACAGGACCUGUACCAAACAUUUGUGACUCAACCAUUUUCAUUGUUUUAACUCGAAUGGUAGGAUUCAACUGAUUUCGGAUCUAGCGAAAAAGAAUAACUGCAGAUUUAAAAAUAAAACAUCGUUUCACCUAUAAAGGCCUUUUCAGGGACAAUGGGGAAACAGAACAGCAAGCUUGCCCCUGAGGUGAUGGAAGAUUUGGUGAAGAACACAGAAUUUAAUGAACAUGAACUCAAACAAUGGUACAAAGGAUUUCUUAAAGACUGUCCUAGUGGUAGGCUGAACCUGGAUGAAUUCCAGCAACUGUAUGUAAAGUUUUUCCCAUAUGGAGAUGCAUCCAAGUUUGCGCAACAUGCCUUCAGAACCUUUGAUAAAAAUGGUGAUGGAACAAUCGACUUCAGAGAGUUUAUUUGUGCUCUCUCUAUCACUUCACGAGGCAGCUUUGAACAGAAAUUAAACUGGGCUUUCAAUAUGUAUGAUUUAGACGGUGAUGGUAAAAUAACAAGAGUGGAAAUGUUGGAGAUCAUUGAGGCUAUUUAUAAGAUGGUAGGAACAGUCAUAAUGAUGAAAAUGAAUGAAGAUGGUUUAACGCCAGAACAACGAGUUGACAAGAUUUUCAGUAAGAUGGAUAAGAACAAUGACGACCAGAUUACGUUGGAUGAAUUCAAAGAAGCAGCAAAGAGCGACCCUUCAAUUGUGUUACUCCUGCAAUGUGACAUUCAGAAGUGAGCCAUUAAAAAAAUGCGUAUAAUGGACUGCACAAAUUCAAAUGUUUCAUUCAAUUUGCAGCUGCAGCUACAUUCAUACACACACUCGAAAACAAAGUGCUUGGACUACCUUUAAAUGGACUUGCUUCUUGUGUUAAAACACGUGUGCAUGAGAAUGUCAUAUGCAAAAAAAAAGUUUAAAUUAAUAUAAAAACUGCCAAAAGUGAAGUGUGCGCAAUUUUAUUAUCAUAUGAAACUCAUUCCUCAGAGGCCUGUGCAUUAGUAUCGUGUUGCAUUAAAUUAUUGUUCAUGUUCCACUGGAGCUUGCAAUGUGUUUCACUUACGAAGCAUGAAACUUAAUUUCGAUGUUUAUAAGAAAUCACUUUUUCCUCCAAACAUUGUAGCAGAUUGGAGAAGGGAAUUUUGGAAAAUGUUGGCAGCAGAUUCUGAUAAGAAAAAGAACAGUAGGUAUUACGCAAAUCCAUUUGUUUUAACUGGAUAUAAGUAUCACGCAUUUUCGUUGAGUUUUCUUUCAUUUCCUCAAACCCUUAAAAACAGAAGGACUAACAUACCUCAGAAAACUGCAGGAAUCUUUAACAAGUAAACAAAAUUCAAGAUUCAGCAUUUAUAAUUAGCAUCUUUCUCAAACAUGGAGAUUCAAGAUUCAACAGACUAAAACAGGUGCAUAGUUUUAGUAAAGAUUUUAAAAAAGAAAAUACCCAGAGGUAAGAUUCUCUCCCAUUAGUUUAUACCUUUCCUACAAUAACUCAACUAGUAGUUGCCAGGAAAUCAUAAUUAUGACUUUUUCAACUGAUUUUUUAGAGCUUUUCCACUGGUGGUACAUUAAUGGUAGUUUAGCUUGCAUUCAUAUAAAUCCUAUAAACACAUCAAUAUCAAUUGGUACAAAGAGAGAAAAAAUGUAAAACUACAAUAGUACAAGUUAACAGUAAAAGGCCUUUUUAUACUACCCACACUCUUUAACUAAUAAUUAGGUUUGUGAACCAGUUGUAGUACCAUAAUCAUAUAUAGUGAUUCAUUUGAAAACUAGUAUUAAAGAUUUCCUAACAUUCUCCCCAUACAUUGCUAAUUUUAAAAGGGAGGUACAGUCUGCACAAGUGUCUCAUUGUCAUAAAGAGAAAAAAGUAGAGUUUUAGGGAACAUCGCAACCAUCCAUUGGUACUAUUUCAACUUUCAGGAGAGCUGCCCACAACCAGAAGUGUUAUCCUCCACAGAAAUGAAGACUGCUAACUACAGUCUCCAUUCAUGUGAUUUUUGGGCAAAGCUUAUGAGCAGAAAAUUGGGAUUCAAAAUCUGAUUUUGUACAUCAGUGGCAUCAACGUGCUUGGCAGAAAGUUGUGGCGUACUACCACGAAAGUUGUUUGCUGAAGUUCCCAAAGCCAGCACAAGAAGUGCAAGAGGUUUAUAUGUUACAGGCCUUACCCAAGAUUGGAAAGCAUAAUUCUGUUACCAGCUCUUUGCUCUAGCAUUGAUUUGAACUGGGAAUUAACGGUCAUAGACUGGAAUCUUAAUAGAAGACACAAUUUGGUAACCGAUGCAUCUGGUGUUUUUCUUCCAGUUGUGCUUUUCUAGCAUGCUCAGUAUAAAUGCUUUUCCUUUGAGUGCAAUUUUUUUUUAAAUUGCAUUUUAAUCUAUUUUCUUCACUAUUAUUACUAUAUUCCAUUGUAGAGAACUUUUAUAUUUGAUAGCCCCUGCUUGUUAGAUAAGUAUUUCAUUUUAAAUUCCUUUUGCCCUCAAACUGGAGCAAUUCCUGGGACUGGACCUGCUUGGAUAUUGGACAAACCAGAGUUGAGUAGUCGCAGGCCAGCAAGGUACUUUGACACCACCGGACGGUAUUCUCAACGAGGCAGCAAAUGCACCAACCGUUCAGAGCUGACCAACUUGCACACCAGCUGCCUGACAAAGUGAGUGUCAAUAGGUGAUGAAAUUCUGGAGUUUCCUGGCUAUUACAAGGUCCAAAACCAGCUAAAAAUAAGCUGCUGCUGCAAUUUGAGAAUGCUGCCCAAAUUUGCUCAUUUUCACACUUUAUGUAAUUUCAAUCUUUAUUAAAUAGGUUAAAAUGCUGUGUUACUGUCCCCACUAAAUUUACUAUUUUACAAUUAUUUAUUUUCACUUAAUUUCUCCUUAACCAAGACUGAAAAUACUAUACAUCAUUUUGAAAUGGGACAAAUGAAGUACUGACAUUCAAAGUGCACCUCUCUUUAAUUUCAACUUACUAAUUGCACUGUUCAUUUAUUCAAUUGAGAUGGCUUUUCCUGCCUGGAGAAGAUAAGUUCUACAGAGUGCCUGUUUCUAAAUUCAAUAGCAAUUCUAAAUCAGCCAUGUUAAUAAGAAAAGGAUUGAAUUCAAACUUGGGUAAAACCAUGGGGACAUCUAUAAAUACUUACUCUUCAAUAUACCAAUUAGUAAUUAGAUCUUUGAGUGCAGAACAUGAUGGUUUUAUGUACAAAUAACAGAACUUUAAAAUUAGCAGGUGACAUUUAAUCCGAUGGCAGCACUGAGUAGGAAUGUGAACACAUUCAUACCGAUGUUCGGUAUGAACUCUCAGCAGGUGAGGCUCUCUUGUGACUAGGUGAAAUUGGAAUUUGAAACUUAAAAGCUAUGUCUUAUUAAACCAGACCGAUGCUUUAUCUAUUCUAACAAAAGGAUAGUGAAUAAAAGCUUACCAAACCUUUCCCAUUUAUGUAUGCAAUGUAAACAAGAUGUUGGUGAAAGUGUUCGGUGCAGUACCUAAAUGUUUGUUAUGGCUUUUAUAAAUGUCAUGGAUCAAUACAUAAAUCAUUCAAAAAGAAAUUGUGCAGGAAACAAAACCCAGAACUGUUAAAAUGAAAUUGUGCUACCAUGUGAAACAAAAUAAACAGUGGCAUGGACAUACUU